CUCUUAAUUGAAACUUUGACGUCUCGCACUCAGUUAGUCUUUUCCCUGCAGUUGAUAGGCAAACAUGAGAAUCUCAGUGAUUAUCGCCACUAGCCUCCUCCUGGCUGGCUCUGUGUGUGGAAGAUUUUACAAUCCCUACCCAAAGAUACGAUCUCACACCCCAGGAAGUGAUGAAGACACCGGAGAGCCUUUGUUCUUGACACCCCUCAUUGAAUCUGGGGACAUUGAGCUGGCGCAGAAUUUAUCUUUUGUGUCGCACCGGAAAUUGGAUUGGCUCCAGAGCUAUGCGGGCUACAUCACGGUGAACAAGAAGUACAAUUCAAACAUGUUCUUCUGGUUCUUCAGGGCAAAGAUUAAUAGUGCCGCAGCUCCGGUUGUCUUGUGGCUUCAGGGUGGCCCUGGAGCGUCUUCGCUCUUUGGAAUGUUCGCCGAGAAUGGACCCUUCUCCAUCACGGAGGAUUUGGAUUACCCACCACGACAGUAUUCGUGGCACAUUAAUCACAAUCUCAUCUACAUUGAUAAUCCCGUUGGGACGGGAUUUAGCUUCACGGACAACGAUAUGGGCUACUCAGGCACGGAGACUGCCAUUGGGGAGAAUCUGCAGAAUGUUCUGCAGCAAUUCUUCAAACUCUUCCCGGAAUUGCGGAAGAAUCCCUUCUACAUCACGGGGGAAUCUUAUGCGGGGAAGUACAUCCCUGCUGCUGCAUUCCAGAUUCACCAGAAGAAUCAGGAAGUACUCGCGGAGGAGGAGGUGAUAAAUCUCCGCGGGAUGGCAAUUGGGAAUGGCUUCACAGAUCCACUGCAUCAGCUCAACUAUGGGGACUAUCUCUACCAAAUAGGACUCAUUGAUGCCAAUGCGAGGGAUCUCUUUGGGAAGUAUCAACGGAAAGCUGAAAGUUUGAUUGAGAAUGGAGACUACACGGCGGCUUUUGUUCUCCUUGAUCGUCUCAUUGACGGCGAUGGGGAUGCAAAGUCAAUCUUCCAGAAUCUCACGGGACUCGAGCAAUACUACAACUAUCUCAGCACACAGACAGACGACGGAUCAGCCGCAAUGGGGAAACUCAUUGAGAAUGCUGAGAUGCGGAAGGCCAUCCACGUGGGGAAUAAAACCUUUCACGGAUUGGACGUUAAUAAAGUCGAAAUCUUCCUUGUUAGUGACAUCAUGAAGUCUGUGAGCGGCCUAGUGGGGGAUCUCCUAACUUAUUACCCCAUUGUGGUCUACAACGGACAGCUGGACAUCAUUGUGGCCUACCCACUGACCACAAAUUACCUCCAGAAUCUCGAGUUCAGGGACAGGGAGGAAUAUUUGCGAGCUAAACGACACAUUUGGCGUGUUGACGGGGACAUUGCGGGGUAUGUGAAAGAAGCUGGGAAUUUAAUUGAGAUCCUCGUACGAGAUGCUGGACAUAUGGUACCCCUGGAUCAACCCAAAUGGGCUCUAGAUUUGCUUCUUCAUCUCACGCACGGGAAGAGCUUCACGAAUUUGUGAAAAAUAAAUCCGUUUUGAAUAAAAAAAAAUAAAUAAA